AGGGUGAAGAAGAUUUCUUCUGCACGUCAGCUCAAGCCAGCUCAGGGUUUUGUUUUUUAAUGAUAUCCUGAUACCUCUUACACUUCAGAAUGACAAAGCUAAAGAAUAUUAAAAGGGAAAAGAUUAGUGUUGCGACUGAGAUUGACCGUAUUGAGGAGCAGAGAUUGAAGUGUCAGGGUAGGCUGGAGAGGGCAGAGUUCAGACAUCGACGUGAGCAACUCUCAAAUGAGGACAAAAAGGCCCUUGAGGAUGAAAUGGCGAUGAUGAAUGAGAGGAUACAGAAGUAUGAGAAGGAGCUGUCAGAUUUGCGAGGAGAGAACAGGAAGAAUAUGAUGUUGUCUGUAGCACUGUUGGCCAUCAGUGCGCUUUUCUAUUAUACCUUUGUUUAUUGAGGACACCUGCAGCCACAUCGCUGCCUCGACCCGUCAUCCAUCUUCUGUUUUUAGAAGGCUAAUAGUGAAAUACAUCUUCAUAAGUGCAAACCUUUUGGCUGGAGGAUCUCAUGUUCACAAGUGUGUGUGUGUGUGUGUGUGUGUGUGUAAAUAUAUUAUUUACAUACUGCAUAGAGAUGAAUUUAAGCAUUGAACUCUGGGUUUUGGGUGAAAAAAAAAAGUUCUUCUGUUUUACUAUAAUUCAGAAUUGCACAUUAUUAUAUAUAUACACACACGUACAGUACCAGUCAAAGUUUGGACCCACCUAAUUCUAAUUCAGUGUUUUUUCUUGAUUUUUAUUAAUUAAAAUACACUUCAUGUCUUCAAGUAAUGAUGGAUAUCGUUUCUCUUAGUCGAGCGGUUCUUGACAUAUGUAUUAUUACGGUUGUGGAAAAGGACUAUUUACUGUAUCUUUACUAUUUACUGUUUGAGCUCAAACACAUUAAGAAGGCAAGAAGUUAAUCCACUAGUUAACUUUUGACAAGACAGCUGUUAAUUGAAAAUCAUUCCAGGUGACUCCCUCAUGAAGCUGGAUAAGAUAAUACUAAUAGUGUGCAAAGCAUUAUCAAGAUAAAUGCUGGACACUUUGAAUCUAAAAUAUCAAACAUAUUUUUAACUUUUUUUUUUACCACAUAAUGCCAUAUAUGUUAUUUCAUUGUUUUAAUGUUUUCAGUAUUGUUCUACGAUGUAGGAAAUAGUCAAAAUACAGAAAAACCUAUGCAUUAGAAGGUGUGUCCAAACCUUUGACUGGUAUUCUGUGUGUGUGGAGGAUAUUACACGGUUGCGCGAAGAUAUGAAGUCUGUCUUUGAGUGGUGAAUGUAGAUGUCGCAAGUGAGUGAAGUGAAAAUAUUUUUCAAAACGAGGAGAUAAACUUCAUAUCUUCAUGCCACCAUGGAAUGUUCUUUAUAUUAUAUGGACACAAACACAAAGAAAUUACGCAAGUUAAUCAAAAGAAUUAAAAUUUUGAAUCGGUUUGCCAUUUUGACAAUGCACAUCUAGUCAGCGGGAAAACACUGGGAGUGACGUCAUCAGAGUGAAAUAUCGGGAAAUAUGUCACUCAGAUCUGCGAUAUAUUUUGUCUGAAAAAAUGUGAGUUUUUCAACACGAGAAGAUAAACUUUUAAACAAAAACAAGCAAACAAAAAGUACCCACAUUUAUCGCUACAAUUCGAUUUCCUCACGAGUGUCCGUAGAGAUUUGUCACGAUUUUGGUUCAUGUCCCGGAUGGAGCUAAGAUGAAAAUUAUGAGUAGUGUAUUUCCCAGUAAAACACUUGCCUAUACAAAAAUAUUGGAGCAUGAACCCACAUUUCUAUCUAUCCCCAAUGCUCCAGGAUAGUAUGAAGCUUUCCAUAUUCCAGAAAAGUGUAUUGCUAAAUAAUGUAUCACAAUAUCGAUAUUGCAUCAUAUCACCAAACCUUAGUGCAAAUUUCUUCUGAACAGUUGGUCUUGGAUAUUAUAAACUGCCAGACUUUUAAUUCUCAACAUAUGUAAUGCAACGGAGCUUCAGUUAUUAUUCUAAAUAUGCUGAAAUGUGCUUUAAUAAUAAUAAGAGACAUGUACAACCCCGAUUCCAAAAAAGUUGGGACAAAGUACAAAUUGUCAUAAAAAUGGAAUGCAAUGAUGUGGAAGUUUCAAAAUUCCAUAUUUUAUUCAGAAUAGAACAUAGAUGACAUAUCAAAUGUUUAUACUGAGAAAAUGCAUCAUUUAAAGAGAAAAAUUAGCUGAUUUUAAAUUUCAUGACAACAAAACUCAAAAAAGUUGGGACAAGGCCAUGUUUAUCACUGUGAGACAUCCCCUUUUCUCUUUACAGCAGUCUGUAAACGUCUGGGGACUGAGGAGACAAGUUGCUCAAGUUUAGGGAUAGGAAUGUUAACCCAUUCUCGUCUAAUGUAGGAUUCUAGUUGCUCAACUGUCUUAGGUCUUUUUUGUCAUAUCUUCCGUUUUAUGAUGCGCCAGAUGUUUUCUAUGGGUGAAAGAUCUGGACUGCAGGCUGGCCAGUUCAGUACCCGGACCCUUCUUCUAUGCAGCCAUGAUGCUGUAAUUGUUGCAGUAUGUGGUUUGGCAUUGCCAUGUUGGAAGAUGCAAGGUCUUCCCUGAAAGAGACGUCGUCUGGAUGGGAGCAUAUGUUGCUCUAGAACCUGGAUAUACCUUUCAGCAUUGAUGAUGUCUUUCCAGAUGUGUAAGCUGCCCAUGCCACACGCACUAAUGCAACCCCAUACCAUCAGAGAUGCAGGCUUCUGAACUGAGCACUGAUAACAACUUGGGUCGUCCUUCUCCUCUUUAGUCCAAAUGACACGGCGUCCCUGAUUUCCAUAAAGAACUUCAAAUUUUGAUUCGUCUGACCAUAGAACAGUUUUCCACUUUGCCACAGUCCAUUUUAAAUGAGCCUUGGCCCAGAGAAGACGUCUGCGCUUCUGGAUCAUGUUUAGAUACGGCUUCUUCUUUGAACUGUAGAGUUUUAGCUGGCAAUGACGGAUGGCACGGUGAAUUGUGUUAACAGAUAAUGUUCUCUGGAAAUAUUCCUGAGCCCAUUUUGUGAUUUCCAAUACAGAAGCAUGCCUGUAUGUGAUGCAGUGCCGUCUAAGGGCCCGAAGAUCACGGGCACCCAGUAUGGUUUUCCGUCCUUGACCCUUACGCACAGAGAUUCUUCCAGAUUCUCUGAAUCUUUUGAUGAUAUUAUGCACUGUAGAUGAUAUGUUCAAACUCUUUGCAAUUUUACACUGUCGAACUCCUUUCUGAUAUUGCUCCACUAUUUGUCGGCGCAGAAUUAGGGGGAUUGGUGAUCCUCUUCCCAUCUUUACUUCUGAGAGCCGCUGCCACUCCAAGAUGCUCUUUUUAUACCCAGUCAUGUUAACCUCCUAAGGUCCAAGCUGUUUUUUUUACAUGCAUUUUUUAUUUCUCUUUGCUAUUUGGGCUUAUUAGAACCUGAUUAGAAUAAAAACUAAGCAUCAUCUUUUGAUAAGAUGUACUUUUAGAGAAAAAGUAUGUCCACAUAUGUGGAUUCUUGUUCCGAAUUUCCAUAAAGUGCUGUCCACGCAUGUGACCGCUAAGCCCUAGGAGGUUAAUGACCUAUUGCCAGUUGACCUAAUGAGUUGCAAUUUGGUCCUCCAGCUGUUCCUUUUUUGUACCUUUAACUUUUCCAGCCUCUUAUUGCCCCUGUCCCAACUAUUUUGAGACGUGUUGCUGUCAUGAAAUUUCAAAUGAGCCAAUAUUUGGCAUGAAAUUUCAAAAUGUCUCACUUUCGACAUUUGAUAUAUUGUCUAUGUUCUAUUCUGAAUACAGUAUCAGUUUUUGAGAUUUGUAAAUUAUUGCAUUCCAUUUUUAUUUACAAUUUGUACUUUGUCCCAACUUUUUUGGAAUCGGGGUUGUAGUUGAGAGUGAAAUUUAAAAUAAGUACAUUAUUUAGAUAUUGUGGUACUUUGUGUAAGGUUUUAAGGUGCAUGUUGUACCGGUACAUAGGUGCAUUUUGAGUUAAAAUAUCCUUCAUUAUGAUGUAACACAGCUGUGGAAACCUUUGGAUUUUUUUUUUUUUACAGAAGGUCUCUUUCAUUCAGGAAACAAGAGAUCAUCUGUGAAGAGACAAGGACACUGGAGUGUAGCUUUACUAUAGGAGAACUUUAAAUGGCAUACCAGGCCAUCAGUUUCCUGAUUUUACUGAUAUUUCCUGAAGAAUGACUGCUG